AUGAUAUCUUCGAAGCUACUGCGCCAAAGCUGCAACCCAAUCGCCUUGUCGCGCCCGUUUCUUACCACUCGUCAUAUAGUAACUCAGCGCUACCUAUCACGCACCUUUGUGGCUUCAACCAUGGCUGCCAAAGCAAUCCCCGUCAUUGUUUGCGGCCGGCGCGAGGCAAUCGGUGAAUCCGUCGCUGCCGGGCUCAAGCCAGAAUACGAAUUGGUGCACUUUGUCAAAACGCCCGAGGCCGGCGUCAAGGACCUGCCGCUAGUUCUCAAGGGCAGCGAGCCAGAGACGGCGACCAGCAGUGUCGGCACGGGCAACAUUGUCGACGGGGCGACGGCCAUUAUCCUAGGCGGAGGCUACGAUGACAACGACUACGAGGCGAUGCGCAAAGCCGUCGAUGCAGCCACGCUGGAGCGCCGCCCCGUCUGGCUGCGCAACGACCUGAGUGUCGAGAUGCCGCCCCCGGGUCCAGAGUACGGAAAGGCUGUUGUUGUUCGCGUCAAAAACUUGCUUGCAAAGCUUGAAAAAGAGAAAAAACUGGAUGGAUCAGACUCCGACAGCUAUUGGUAUUAA